CGGGCGCGGGCAGGCACCAUGGGCUGCGCGGCGCUGCUGGCCGCCUUGGCGCUCCUGCUGCCGCGGCACCUGGCACGGUCAGAGGAGCCGCUCAGCAUGGCUGGCCGGAAGUGCAGCACCAUCUACAAGGGCUUCGCCGACUGCCUGAUCAGCCUCGGGGACAGCAUGGCUCAGAGCGUUCAAGAACAGCGAGAUGAGAGCAGCCAAGAACUGCAGGAGUUGGAGACCAUUUGCAAGUCCUGGGAUGACUUCCACACCUGCGCCAGCCAGGUCUUGUCCCGAUGCCCCGAUGAGGCGGCAGCCAUCUGGGAGUCGCUUCGACAAGAGUCCCGGAAGUUCCAGUUCCAAGGAAACCUCCAUGACCUGUGCAGUUCGCGGGCCCAGCCGGCUGGCAACGGAAGAGCUUUGGCUAUGGAUGAAACCAACAAGGAAACCUUGCGAGGCUCGGCCUGGCUUCCGCGGCCCAGCCUCUGGGGCGGCCUGACUCUCGUGGCCCUGUUUGCUUUGGCGCCUUUUGCCUAG